AUGUGGGCAUACAGCCUGCUGCUGAGGAAGCAUUCGACGCCCGCGGCGGGGAAACCGACGCCCGCGGCGGGGAAACCGACGCCCGCGGCGGGGAAACCGACGCCCGCGGCGGGGAAACCGACGCCCGCGGCGGGGAAACCGACGCCCGCGGCGGGGAAACCGACGCCCGCGGCGGGGAAACCGACGCCCGCGGCGGGGAAACCGACGCCCGCGGCGGGGAAACCGACGCCCGCGGCGGGGAAACCGACGCCCGCGGCGGGGAAACCGACGCCCGCGGCGGGGAAACCGACGCCCGCGGCGGGGAAACCGACGCCCGCGGCGGGGAAACCGACGCCCGCGGCGGGGAAACCGACGCCCGCGGCGGGGAAACCGACGCCCGCGGCGGGGAAACCGACGCCCGCGGCGGGGAAACCGACGCCCGCGGCGGGGAAACCGACGCCCGCGGCGGGGAAACCGACGCCCGCGGCGGGGAAACCGACGCCCGCGGCGGGGAAACCGACGCCCGCGGCGGGGAAACCGACGCCCGCGGCGGGGAAACCGACGCCCGCGGCGGGGAAACCGACGCCCGCGGCGGGGAAACCGACGCCCGCGGCGGGGAAACCGACGCCCGCGGCGGGGAAACCGACGCCCGCGGCGGGGAAACCGACGCCCGCGGCGGGGAAACCGACGCCCGCGGCGGGGAAACCGACGCCCGCGGCGGGGAAACCGACGCCCGCGGCGGGGAAACCGACGCCCGCGGCGGGGAAACCGACGCCCGCGGCGGGGAAACCGACGCCCGCGGCGGGGAAACCGACGCCCGCGGCGGGGAAACCGACCCCCGCGGCGGGGAAACCGACGCCCGCGGCGGGGAAACCGACCCCCGCGGCGGGGAAACCGACCCCCGCGGCGGGGAAACCGACCCCCGCGGCGGGGAAACCGACCCCCGCGGCGGGGAAACCGACCCCCGCGGCGGGGAAACCGACCCCCGCGGCGGGGAAACCGACCCCCGCGGCGGGGAAACCGACCCCCGCGGCGGGGAAACCGACCCCCGCGGCGGGGAAACCGACCCCCGCGGCGGGGGAAACCGACCCCCGCGGCGGGGAAACCGACCCCCGCGGCGGGGAAACCGACCCCCGCGGCGGGGAAACCGACCCCCGCGGCGGGGAAACCGACCCCCGCGGCGGGGAAACCGACCCCCGCGGCGGGGAAACCGACCCCCGCGGCGGGGAAACCGACCCCCGCGGCGGGGAAACCGACCCCCGCGGCGGGGAAACCGACCCCCGCGGCGGGGAAACCGACCCCCGCGGCGGGGAAACCGACCCCCGCGGCGGGGAAACCGACGCCCGCGGCGGGGAAACCGACGCCCGCGGCGGGGAAACCGACGCCCGCGGCGGGGAAACCGACGCCCGCGGCGGGGAAACCGACGCCCGCGGCGGGGAAACCGACGCCCGCGGCGGGGAAACCGACGCCCGCGGCGGGGAAACCGACGCCCGCGGCGGGGAAACCGACGCCCGCGGCGGGGAGACCGACGCCCGCGGCGGGGAGACCGACGCCCGCGGCGGGGAGACCGACGCCCGCGGCGGGGAGACCGACGCCCGCGGCGGGGAGACCGACGCCCGCGGCGGGGAGACCGACGCCCGCGGCGGGGAGACCGACGCCCGCGGCGGGGAGACCGACGCCCGCGGCGGGGAGACCGACGCCCGCGGCGGGGAGACCGACGCCCGCGGCGGGGAGACCGACGCCCGCGGCGGGGAGACCGACGCCCGCGGCGGGGAGACCGACGCCCGCGGCGGGGAGACCGACGCCCGCGGCGGGGAGACCGACGCCCGCGGCGGGGAGACCGACGCCCGCGGCGGGGAGACCGACGCCCGCGGCGGGGAGACCGACGCCCGCGGCGGGGAGACCGACGCCCGCGGCGGGGAGACCGACGCCCGCGGCGGGGAGACCGACGCCCGCGGCGGGGAGACCGACGCCCGCGGCGGGGAGACCGACGCCCGCGGCGGGGAGACCGACGCCCGCGGCGGGGAGACCGACGCCCGCGGCGGGGAGACCGACGCCCGCGGCGGGGAGACCGACGCCCGCGGCGGGGAGACCGACGCCCGCGGCGGGGAGACCGACGCCCGCGGCGGGGAGACCGACGCCCGCGGCGGGGAGACCGACGCCCGCGGCGGGGAGACCGACAAUCGCCUGCUGCUGAGGAAGCAUUCCACGCCCCCGGCGGGGAAACCGACGCCCCCGGCGGGGAAACCGAUGCCCGCGGCGGGGAAACCGACGCCCCCGGCGGGGAAACCGACGCCCCCGGCGGGGAAACCGACGCCCCCGGCGGGGAAACCGACGCCCCCGGCGGGGAAACCGACGCCCCCGCGUAAUACAGUUAUGAAGAGCUUCCCAGAGGGCACAGUCAGUCAUCAGAGCAUACUGAUGACAGCCAACCUCUCACUACUGACAUGGGAACUAUUGCAAGUUCAUACACCUACAGCCAACUACAAACAUACUUAA